AUGAGCAGCGGUCGUGGAUGGAAUUUCGAACUUAACACUUUAUUUCGCUCUCUCUCUCUAUAUAUAUAUAUCUUUCAUUCGUUUUUUCUUUCUUUCAUACUAUCUAUCUAUCUAUCUAUCUAUCGCAGUUUGCUCAUAUCAAUCUCUCUGUUCAUAUCUAUCUCUCUUUCUUUUAUCUAUCUCGAAGUAUUCCCAUCUAUCUAUCUAUCUAUCUAUCUAUCUAUCUAUCGUUCUUUCUUUCUUUCUUUCUUUCCUUCUCAUUUUGUUCGUGUCAACCUCUCUCUCUGUUCAUUAUCUAUCUAUCUAUGUCAGUUUUUUCAUAUCAAUCUCUCUGUUCAUAUCUAUCUCUCUCUCUUUCUAUCUAUCUAUCUCAGUUUGGUCAUAUCAAUCUCUCUGUCCAUAUCUAUCUAUCUAUCUAUCUAUCUAUCUAUGGCGCUCUGGCAAAAUAAUAUAACCAGCAAUAAAAAAAAUGUCGGCAUCAAAUAUGGCGUAAAACAUACCAAACCAAUCUAUCUAUCUAUCUAUCUAUCUUUCUCUCUAUGUAUCUAUCUAUGUCAGUUUGGCCAUAUCAAUCUCUCUGUUCAUAUCUAUCUAUCUAUCUAUCUAUCUAUCUAUCUAUCCCAUUCUUUCAUCCUUUAUAUUUAUUUCUUUCUUUCUUUCUUUCUUUCUUUCUUUCUUUCUAUCUGCUGCUCCUCUUUUCCUCUAACUCAAUCUAUCUAUCUAUCUAUCUAUCUAUCUAUCUAUCUAUCUAUCUAUCUCAUUCUGUUCAUAAUCUAUCUAUCUAUCUAUCUAUCUCAUUCUGUUCAUAUCUAUCUAUCUAUCUAUCUAUCUAUCUAUCUAUCUAUCUAUCUUUUAAUCUUUCUUUCUUUCUCUCUAUGUAUCUAUCUAUGUCAUCUAUCUAUCUAUCUAUCUAUCUAUCUAUCUAUCUAUCUAUCUAUCUAUCUAUCCCAUUCUGUUCAUAUCCAUCUAUCUAUCUAUGUCAGUUUGGUCAUAUCAAUCUCUCUGUUCAUAUCUAUCUAUCUAUCUAUCUAUCUAUCUAUCUAUCUAUCUAUCUAUCUAUCUAUCUAUCCCAUUCUUUCUUUAUUUGAUUUCUUUCUUUAUUUAUUUUCUUUUGCCUCUCUCAGUCUGCCUAUCUAUCUAUCUAUCUAUCUAUCUAUCUAUCUAUCUAUCUAUCUAUGUCAGUUUGAUCAUAUCUAUCUAUCUAUCUAUCUAUCUAUCUAUCUAUCUAUCUAUCUAUCUAUCUCAUUCUGUUCAUAUCCAUCUAUCUAUCUAUGUCAGUUUGGUCAUAUCAAUCUCUCUGUUCAUAUCUAUCUAUCUAUCUAUCUAUCUAUCUAUCUAUCCCAUUCUUUCUUUCUUUCUUUCUUUCUUUUUCUUUCUUUCUUUUUUCUUUCUUCUUUUGCCUCUCUAAUCUUCUAUCUAUUAUCUAUCUAUCUAUCUAUCUAUCUAUCUAUCUAUCUAUAUCAGUUUGAUCAUAUCUAUUAUCUAUCUAUCUAUCUAUCUAUCUAUCUAUCUAUCUAUCUAUCUAUCUCAUUCUGUUCAUAUCCAUCUAUCUAUCUAUGUCAGUUUGGUCAUAUCAAUCUCUCUGUUCAUAUCUAUCUAUCUAUCUAUCUAUCUAUCUAUCUAUCUAUCUAUCCCAUUCUUUCUUUCUUUCUUUCUUUCUUUCUUUCUUUCUUUCUUUCUUUCUUUCUGUUGCCUCUCAGUCUGCCUAUCUAUCUAUCUAUCUAUCUAUCUAUCUAUCUAUCUAUCUAUCUAUGUCAGUUUGAUCAUAUCUAUCUAUCUAUCUAUCUAUCUAUCUAUCUAUCUAUCUAUCUCAUUCUAUCUAUCUAUCUAUCUAUCUAUCAUAAAUCAAUUAUUAUCCCAUUCUUUCUUUCUUUCUUUCUUUUUUUCUUUUAUUCUUUCUAUCUGCUCUCCUCUUUUCCUCUAACUCAAUCUAUCUAUCUAUCUAUCUAUCUAUCUAUCUAUCUAUGA